UACAUGAUGAAUUUCGGUAUACCAGCGUGGCGACUAAUAUGGCGACCAGAGUUUUGAGGAAAAUUCUUCAGGGUAGAGUAGGAACACUCAUUUUGUGUCCAACUGACUGUAGACGCUACAUAAUACCUGGCGUAAGAUAUUUGUGUUCAACUGUUAGGGACGCUCGUGAGGAUUUUCAUCCAAGUCUUCCUUUUCCAGAGCGCGUAAAGAACAUUCGACCGUUUUGUGAGACAUUGAGUGCACCAAAUGAAGUUUUAGAGAUGUUUAAUCAAUUUAUUAUUCUUCCUGAACAGCAUAUGAUAAAAGCUCUAGAUUAUUCACUAAACUGCCUGGUUCAUUAUGACAAAAUCGACGCAGCUUUUGAACUGAAAACUCUCAUGGAACAACUUAAUAUCCCGAAAAGUCACUCAACUUAUUCUGUUCUUGCCAAUUUGUACUCGAAGUCCAAUCAUCCCAAACAUUCUAUGAAAAGCUUGUUUGAUGAAAUGCUUAAGGACGGUCUAACUCCCAGAGCACGCCAUUUUAAACCUUUUGUGGAGAUGGAAGCCAACAAAGGAGAUCCAAUGGAUGCAUUUCGAUGUUUGGAUGAUUUGCGUCACUCUGGGGUACUUCAUGAACGAAUCGUGGAUAUCUAUAUAACAGUUGUUCGAGCUUGUGUGGGCAAAGUGAGUAAGCAGUUAAAGAAUAAAGUGUUGGAAUUGUUUUACGACAUUCGAAGAUAUCGAGACUUGCUGAGCAUUGAGGCUCUGGAGACAAUCAAACUAUGGUUUGACAGUCUAAAGGACCCAAAGUGGGUAACAGCUUGGUCUUCUCCAUCAGCAACAUACCACUGCCAAGCCUGCAAGCAAAAACUAGAAACUGGGAACUUUACUGAAGAAGAACUGCAUGAGUUGAAGGACCCCCUUAUCUCACAUGUGUUGAGGAAUCGCAAAGUUCUCUCAGAAGUGCGUUGCCACACUACUGCUGGAAAGUAUGUGGAUUACAUCCGACCAGGACAUUCUAACAGAUUUCCUAACAGUGUGGUCAGAUUUAUAGAGACAACAGGACACUAUGACGUAGUUUUGGAUGGACUCAAUUUAGCUUAUUACUAUCAUCAUUUUGAUGCUAAAAAGUUGAAAGCUGUGGCUGAACAUUUUCUGAAGCAGAAAAAGAGGGUUUUGGUUGUGGGUUCAUGGCCAAUUUCACUGGGUCACAUUAGAAGACAUGACCAAAAUUCACUUCCUUCAGUAAUGGAUUUUCUGAGAGUACACUGUGGUGUUUUCUGUUUGGCAGCAAGGGCAUUGGAUGAUGUCUAUCUUCUUAGUGCUGCUAUGCAGUGUGGCCCUGGCACCCUACUUGUCUCCUCAGACAUGUUCUCUAACCAUCUGCAAGGUAUGGAGUCACUGAUGAAAGCCCAGUUCACCAGAUGGCAAGAGCUGUAUCAAGUGAAGUUGGCCAGUUUUGUGGGUGAACAACCCUUGUUUGAGAGUGUGAGGAGAUUUGACCACCGUGUACAUGUUCAAACAACAGGAGAUACUUGGCACUUUCCAAGUAGUGAUGGGAGCAAGUGGCUUUGUGUCAGAAGAGAGGAUCAAUCCCUAUAGGAAAGCCAUGUUUGGGAAUCUUCUUGAUAUGAUAAAAUUGUCAUGUUGCUAUCAUCAACAAUAAGAUUUGUUUUGACAAUUAAAACAAAGUAAUUCCUUGUUUGGA